AUGCAGAAGUUGACUCGUUUACCCUCGUGUUCUUGUUCACAGGACGGGCGGAUGGCCUAUGCUGCGGCUCAACCAGGUGUCGAUGGGGCUGCGCUGGGUCUAAAUUCCCCCACCAAUGCACAGGACACAAUUCCUGCUCAGGCACGAUUCCAAAACAAGGGCAAUCACACGCCGGCUCAGCAAUUAGCAGCCCAGACAUCCCCGCUCGCAGGGGUGGCUGUGGGGGUGGGUGCAGGAAGGGGACGUGUACUUGCUACUACACCUCAGGGACGGUAUCAGUUCCAGCAGUUUCAGCAACUGCAGCAGCAGCAACAGUACUUCGAGGCUCAGGCGGCCCAAGCGCACGCUCAUGCACAGGCGCAAGCACAUGCACAGGCACAGGCACGUGCCCAGGCCGGUGAUAAGGUUCAGGAGAUCCAUGGACAGAAACAGGUGGAUGGAGAGGGGUUGCAGGCUACUGCGGAAAGUGCUGGUGCGAAUGAUACGCGGGUGUCGGGUGCAAGUCCGAUCGGGAACCCACCGGAUUCAGCCACAGCCACGGAUAUAGACACCCACACAGCUGCUGAAGGGGGGAAAGGAGAUGCAGAGGCAGAUAAGCACAGCCAGGGGAAUGCUACGACAAUUGGGGAUGUACAGGAACAUAGAGAGAACAGCACGUGCGUGGGGGCACAGGCUGAGGACGAGGGUGGCGGGAUUAGCGAGCUCAGCGAAGGAAUUAGACAGCUGGAUGUGGCUGGUGAACCAAACCGGGACAUAGCGGGAGAGGAGCAGCCAAGGUAGUGGUAGACAGAGAAAUAAAUAGAAUACGAAAGUCGA